AUUACCAUUUUCAUUCCUUAGUUUGUCUUUCAUGCCAUGUUAUUUAAAAAAGUUUCAUUUUCGGCAUCUAAACUUAGUGCGAGGCUUAGCAAGGAAGCGAGAUUUCUUGGAUCACUUUCCUGUCAGAGAAGAGGUUCUACCCCGUCUCCCCACGGCGCCUGGGAUCCAGUCUUUCAGAAAAGCUGGGUUUUUCCCUUCCUGCUUAUUCCUCUUUCCAACGGCUGCCAACAUAAAUUUUAUCUCCUCUCCUGACAGACAGUAGUUUUCCGAAGAUUUCCAACCCGUCUGCACAUUACUUCACAAGCUGCCACUGGACCGCCAGAGGCUCCGGGUGAGGCUGACUCACUGUCCGUCCGCCGCAGCCAGCCCUCGGGGAGCGUCUAUUUCUCUGCCUCGGCUCAGCAGCACUUGUCCUCCCAGAAGACACACCUGCAGGGAGCCCUCCGCACCCACAGUGCACCUGCCUGCAGAAUGACGGGUGGAGGGCGCACCGUGCCCCUCUGCUCCCAGGUGCCUGCAGGAGCGGGUCGUGCAGAGCCCGCCCGCCGCCCGCCUCCUCCUGCAGAGCAGACCCCGGCCGCCAGGCUCCUGCUGACGGGCUCCGAGUGAGCAACGCCCGGCUCACUUCUGAGGACGGCACCUUUCUUUCUAAAGAUGGAUGUGCUGCUUAAGACGGGUUUCCGAGAGCCUCGCGGCAGAGCCUGAAGGCCGCACGUGGUGGAGGUGUGGGCAUGACCCCCCGAGCGCCCGUCUCUGGCAUGGAGACCGACCCCGGAGCCUACGACAGCACCCCCGUGGCGCUCAACCUGUCCCGCGUGCUGGCCGGCAGGGCACUGGCAAACCAGACAGGCGAGCUGGCGGCGCCCCCGCACCCACAGUACGCCAUCGGGCUCUUCCUCUCCUGCCUCUACACCGUCUUCCUCUUCCCCAUCGGCUUCGUGGGGAACAUCCUGAUCCUGGUGGUGAACCUCAGCUCCCGGGAGAGGAUGAGCAUCCCCGACCUGUACUUCAUCAACCUGGCGGCGGCCGACCUCAUCCUGGUGGCCGACUCGCUGAUCGAGGUGUUCAACCUGGACGAGCAGUACUACGACAUCGCCGUGCUCUGCACCUUCAUGUCGCUCUUCCUGCAGAUCAACAUGUACAGCAGCAUCUUCUUCCUCACCUGGAUGAGCUUCGACCGCUACCUCGCCCUGGCCCAGGCCAUGCGCUGCGGCCUGUUCCGCACCAAGCAGCACGCCCGGCUCAGCUGCGGCCUCAUCUGGAUGGCCUCGGUCUCGGCCACGCUGGUGCCCUUCACCGCGGCGCACCUGCAGCACUCCGGGGACGCCUGCUUCUGCUUCGCAGACGUCAGGGAGAUCCAGUGGCUGGAGGUCACCCUGGGCUUCAUCCUCCCCUUUGCCAUCAUCGGCCUCUGCUACUCGCUCAUCGCCCGGGUCCUCGUCAAGGCCCACAGGCGCCGGGGCCUGCGCCCGCGCCGGCAGAAGGCGCUCCGCAUGAUCCUGGCCGUGGUCCUCGUCUUCUUCAUCUGCUGGCUGCCCGAGAACGUGUUCAUCAGCGUGCACCUCCUGCAGCAGGCGCAGCCGGGCGCCGAGCCCUGCCAACAGUCGUUCCGCCAUGCCUACCCCCUCACCGGCCACAUUGUCAACCUCGCAGCUUUCUCCAACAGCUGCCUGAACCCCCUCAUCUACAGCUUCCUUGGGGAGACCUUCAGAUUCAAGCUGCGUCUGUACAUGGAGCAGAGAACAAGCGUGUCGGCCCUGAAUCGCUUCUGCCACGCGGCCCUGAAGGCCGUUGUUCCGGACGCCGAGCAGCCAGAGGUGAGGUUCAGCAGCGUGGCGUGACGGGAGCUGCUCCCGCACUCAGCACCGCCCGGGCGAGGGCACCGAGGGGGUCAGGGCAUGCCAGGGCCUCUCCCAGCUGGAGUGCUGCCACCCUCGGGCUCUCGGGCACCUGCACCAGCUGCUGCAGAGCUGGGCCACCACCAUGCUCCCGAUGGCAGUCACGGAUGCCACAGGCCUGGGACCCGCGUGGCCCUCUCCGCGCAGACUGUCUCACGGCAGCAGCAAGGAGGGCGCUUUGGUGGAGCGCCUUCGUGCCAGGCAGCUCGCGAGGAGCCUGCCCCUCAGGAGAAAUGGAGCCUGAGGCUGAGCUGACACUGCCCCGUCCGUGUCCGCAGGCUGCGUGCGUGCCCAGUGCCUUUGGUCCCCAGGUGAGAGUGACACCUGUGCGCUCAGGCUGCCUGGCACCAUCGCUCCCUCCAUUCCAACUGGACGCAGUCUCUGCAGCAACGGAGUGGAGGGGCCCCGAGGGCGGCUCCGGGCACACGGCGAGACGCUCCAGCUCGCGGGGACAGUGGAGCAGUGAGGACGCCGUGAGAACAGUUCUGGGUAAAAUGUAAAGAGGUAACAGCAGUGGUGGCUGGCACUGCUCAGCUCUGUCAAUAAAACUCGUGUGCUGGUGCCUCCAGGUUCUCGAAGCAGCUCCCUCCCGGGGCGGGUGGGGCUCACGGAGCCCCGUAAAGUCUCCUGCGCGAUGCGGCUCCUCACUCACGUGAGAGCUCUUAGAGGCCAACAUCUCACCGCAGCCCUGGACACGGCGGCAUCUCUGGGGGUCUGAGCCCUGCUGCACCAUCCUUGGGCAGAAUGUUCCACGCGGCCUCACUCUUCUAGAAGGUUCUGGCUGUCAGCACAAGCACAACCCGCAGUCCUGCAGGGACAGCUGCAGCUCCGGACAGUCAGGGAGUCCGCAGGCGGGGUCCCGAGAAGUGGGCAGGUCUGUCCAUCAGGUGGGGUGGCCCCGGGACAGCAGCGGGGCCCCCACAGGCUGCCCCGGAUGCACUGAACCAGCUUCCGGGAGCACGAGGCCUGGGAGAGCCCCGUAAAAGGUCCGGGGUGUCUGACAGUCCCUGCCCCCCCCCCCCCCACCUCAGGCGGGCAGGUGAGUGUGUGCUCACGCCUGCAGCUGCAGCUGUCACACACCCAGAAAACAUCAGCUCUCCAACGGAUCUGACUCCUGCUGUUGAGCAGUGAGUGCGGAUCCCGCCUGGAAAUACCAGUUUAAAAGCCAAGGGAAUGCAGGUCACCAGACGGACUGAUCCCAAGGGUCCUCCUGGGUGGCCUCCACCGAGCGCUUAUCGCAGGACGCUAGCUGCGACUCGAGGUGACGAGAGCCCCCGGGUGGCAGGGUCCUUGCACACAGAGAGCCUGUGCACCCCCCACCCCCCGCACAGCCAUGAAUGAGCUGGUCCUCGGGCCGUUUCCCGCCCUGCGUCCCCUGGGAGGAAUGGGCUGUCCCGAGUCUGUGGUUCCCGUGGCCCUUGCACAGGCUCUGAAGGAAGAUGCGUGGACUCAGUCUCCAGGUGAGUCGCCCAGGCCCCAGGAGACUGGGUCCUCCAGGGAAGUCACUGCUUCAACAAACAAGAGACGGGGGACGUCCUCCUGAGACCCGGCCCAGCAUGGAACACGCCGUCCCUGGCCAACGACAUGGCAUUUUUCUUCGCUGACUCAACAAUGCAAACGGCCCAGGAACGGAGAAAACCCCAGCAGGCCACUGUCUCAGAGGACACUGGUCUCAUCGAGCAGCUCCUUCCAAGAAACGGAGUUAAAUGCAAAGGUCCUCCCUCGCCGCCACAACAGCGCUCUCCCCCACAGCAGCACCCGAGCUGCCCGAGGGGAGACCUGCUUCCGGGCUCCCCGAGUCCCUUUCUACGUCCCCUGAGUCUCACAAUUCCAUCCCCUACCCGACCCUGGGGGGGGGGGGCAGCUCGGACAGCACAUGUCCAAUCCCCCUUAAAGCCGAGCGCCUAAAAGGACAGAUUCCCACCCUAGCUGGUGUGGUUCAGUGGAUAGAGCGUUGGCCUGCAGACGGAAGGGUCCCGUGUUCGAUUCUGGUCAAGGGCACAUGCCCGGGUUGCGGGCUCGUUCCCCAGU